AUCAACUCUUUAUUACCUAAUAUCUUUAAAUGUUAGUUGUGCCAUGGCUGCUGACCUGGGCCUUCUCUCACUAAACCAUCACCAGAAAUCAACUCAUCACUCCCAAACCAACCACCGGAACCCUAUCCUCACCACUGACUCCUGGAUGUGGAACCCUAAUCAACCCCAAGACGACGAUGACUCGUGGGAGGUCAGGGCCUUUGCGGAGGACACGGGUAAUAUCAUGGGCACCACCUGGCCGCCUCGUUCUUACACCUGCGCCUUCUGCAGAAGGGAAUUUCGAUCUGCUCAAGCCCUAGGGGGUCACAUGAAUGUGCACCGCCGUGACAGAGCUCGUCUCCACCAGACGCAACUGGGUACAGUUGGUGCAAUCAAUAUUCCCACCGCCUCGUCGUCCUCCAAUCUCAUACUCCCGGCCGGUCAAGAAUUUGCCACCAGCAGCGGAUUAUGCCUGAUAUACCAAUUACCUAACACUAAUGGAGUCUUCCCUCCUGCUGGGCCUGUUACUGCAUGUACCAUCGACUCAUCCUCUACUUUUCUGUCUAUCUCACCUCAUCCAUCUAACAACCUGAUUGGAAUCGGACCUUCCACUUUGAAUUUCCCAGUAGCAUCUCCAGUGUUAAAUUCAAGUCCAUCCACCCAUCAUAACUCUUCCAAAGCCGAACCUUCAUCAUCUUCUAGGAAUGAUGCCAAUAAUUCUUCUACCACCAACAACAACAACAACGAAGCUUACAAUAUGGAAGACAUCGAUCUAGAGCUCCGGCUAGGGCACAGACCGACCCGACCCCCGCCAUGACACGGCGCGCCAAAUUAUUGAAAAUAAAGUGUGUGAGUGUGAAAUUUUUCUUUAAUUGCUUGCAUUUUACAAAGAGUGGCAUCCAUGUAUAACAAAUUAAUUUUUUUUCU